AUGCUCCUCCUUUCACCUCGGACACUACAAGCAGGCCUGGCCAGCAGCCUGGCAGCCUCACACUGCACCGAGUUCGCUAUAGCAGAAGUCCUCAAGGCCACCAAUGACUGGUCCCCCGACAACCAGCUGGGCUCGGGUGCCUUUGGCGAUGUGUACAAGGGCGUGUCUCCCCGCGAUGGCACCACUAUCCAGCAGAUGGCCGACAAGAACCAUCCCAACAUUGUGAAGCUCCUUGGCUUUGCAAUCGGAGGAGACUUGAGGACACAGCCAGAGCAAGUUCUCAUCUAUGAAUACGUGCCCAACGGCGAUCUUAACAAAUGGAUCGGUCUAAAGGCAGAGCGCCCUCUGACUCUGAAGCAGCGGCUGGACAUUCUUAUCGGCAUGGCAAGGGGCUUUGAGUACCUCCACAGCUUUGGCAUCGUGCAUCGCGACAUCAAGCCUGCCAACGUCCUCAUCACCGACAGCAUGCAGGCAAAGAUUGCAGACUUUGGGCUCGUGAGGAUGGGGGAGGGCACAAGUGUGGGCACAACGCGCAUCAUGGGCACACCGGGCUAUGUCGAUCCGGUCUACUCCAUCACGUCCAAGGCCACUGCAGCCAGUGAUGUCUACAGCCUCAAGGACCCCACCUUGGACGCCCCUGCGGAUGCUGUGCUGCGUGUGGCUCAUCUCGCCCUCUCCUGCACCGUGGAGCGCACUGCAGCCCGACCAAGCAUGGCACAUGUCGCCAACGAGCUGCAAGCCAUCCGGGAGGAGUGGGUGGGGAAAGAGGAGCUGAGCGCAGCUGUUAAGGUGGAUGCGGAGGUGCAGGAAAUGAAGGAGGUGUUCUCUAGUGGGAACAGCCUCAACACCGAACUUCAGAUGAUUGAAGACAACUUGGGGGCGCGGGUGGAGCUGGAGGGAGCGGUGGAGGUGGCGGUGGAGGCGGCGAAGGGAGUGGGGGUGGCGGUGGGAGUGGUGGCGGGGGCGGUGGUGGUGGUGGCAGCGGCGGAGGAGGCGGCGGUGGUGGCGGUAGCGGUGGGGGUGGAGGUGGCGGUGGAGGCGGAGGAGGAGGCGGUGGUGGCGGAGGGGGUGGAGCUGGUGUGUCUCAGGUAG